AUGAAAAUGGAGGGUGAAAAUACUAAACUUUUAAAAAAUUUAACCGAAUGGAGAUUUAGUCAGUAUCCAAAAUAUAUUUUAUUGCCUAUUGAUGAAAAUCAUGAUGAAGUUCUGGCUAAUAUAAAAAACGUAGUUUUUUCCGAGGUGACUCCUCGACCACUGGAGCGAAAUUUGCGCCUGGUUUGUGUAUCUGAGGAUGUAUUAAAUAAUAUUCUAGAUAUGGAUAUUGAAAUAACAACACGCGAGGAAUUCGUUGAAUUUGUAGCUGGCAAGAAACUACCAUAUGGUGCUUUACCCGUUGCUCAUAGAUACGGAGGUCAUCAGUAUGGUUUGUGGGUUGGGCAGUUGGGUGACGGUCGAGCUAACAUCCUGGGAGAAUAUGUUAAUAGAGCGGGUCAACGCUGGCAGAUUCAAUUAAAGGGUUCAGGUCAAACACCAUACUCCCGAGUCUACGACGGGCGAGCUGCGUUACGGUCAUGUAUACGGGAAAUGGUUGCAUCCGAAGCCUGCCACCAUCUUGGUAUACCGACAAUACGAUCAGCAGCUUUAGUUGUGAGCGAUGAGACGAUUGUGCGUGACAUGUACUACACUAACACGCCUCGACGCGAGAAAGCGGCGGUGUUAAUGCGUUUAUCGCCCAGUUGGUUCCGUUUUGGUUCCAUGGAAAUUCUAUCUAGGAUGGGAGAAUUGCCCACCUUGAAACAGCUGGCCGAUUUUGUGAUUAAGGAGUAUUAUCCCGAUAUACAGCUGACGGAUGAAAACAGAUUUAUUCGAUUGUUCUCUGAAAUUGCGCACAAAACACUGGAUUUGGUAGCAAAAUGGCAAGGUUUAGGAUUUACACACGGCCUGUUGAACACUGAUAACAUGAGCCUCUUAGGGCUUACGAUGGAUUAUGGACCCUUUGGCUUCGUCGACUCGUACGAUGGCGGCUUCGUGGCCAAUUCAUCGGAUGGGGAAGCGAGAUACUCACUCUCCAAGCAACCCGAUGUUGUGGUGUGGAAUGUCGGCCAACUUGCAAAUGCCAUCAAACCUCUUCUGUCACCGUCACAACAAGUUCACAUGUCGCAUAUAUUGAAGACUUUGGACACGUAUUGCAAGAACAAAAUACUGGAAACAUUUCUCAUGAAAGUUGGUCUGCGUGAGGAAAGGUGGGGUGAUGAGCAGCUGAUUGAGAAAUUAUUGGAUAUGAUGCAGCAGACUGGAGCUGACUUCACAGUCACCUUCCGACAAUUGGCUGAAUUGGAGCCGAAUGAGAUGGUUAAUGAAGUUAAAUUGAAAGAAAAAUGGUCGCUGAAACGCCUGUCUUCGCACGCCUCUUGGGGAUGUUGGCUGGAUCAAUAUCGAGAGCGGUUAGAGAAAGAAGCAGUGGACGCAAGCUCAGUCGGUAUGUUCGAAGAUGAGCGACGUCGACGCAUGCUUAGCGUCAACCCUGUGUAUAUACCAAGGAAUUGGAUGUUGCAUGAAGCCAUUUUUGAUGCGGAGAGAGAUGAUUUUGCCAAGGUUCGAUUUUUAAUGGAUGUUUUGAAGAACCCUUACGAAGUUCAACCAGAAGCCGAGGCGCUCGGGUUUUCUGCACAACCACCGCAAUGGGCUUAUGCUUUGAAAAUAAGCUGCUCUAGUUAAUUUUAUCAAUAUAUACCUUCAAAAUGUU